AUGGAAGAAGAAGUUGCAGCUCUCGUCAUUGACAAUGGUUCUGGAAUGUGCAAAGCCGGUUUCGCCGGUGAUGAUGCUCCAAGAGCAGUCUUUCCAUCUAUCGUCGGACGUCCUCGUCACCAUGGUAUCAUGAUUGGUAUGGGUCAAAAGGACUCGUACGUCGGUGAUGAGGCACAGUCAAAGCGUGGUAUUCUCACCCUGAGAUAUCCAAUUGAGCACGGUGUUGUUACCAACUGGGAUGAUAUGGAGAAGAUCUGGCAUCACACUUUCUACAACGAGCUCCGUGUGGCUCCAGAAGAGCACCCAGUCCUCCUUACCGAAGCUCCUAUCAACCCAAAAUCGAACAGAGAGAAGAUGACCCAGAUUGUCUUUGAGACCUUCAACGCCCCAGCUUUCUACGUCUCCAUUCAAGCCGUUCUCUCACUGUACGCCUCCGGUCGUACCACUGGUAUCGUUCUUGAUUCUGGUGACGGAGUUACUCACGUCGUUCCUAUCUACGAGGGUUUCUCUCUUCCUCACGCCAUUGCCCGUGUCGAUAUGGCUGGACGUGAUUUGACCGAUUACCUCAUGAAGAUCUUGGCAGAACGCGGUUACACUUUCUCCACCACCGCCGAGCGAGAAAUCGUACGUGAUAUCAAGGAGAAACUCUGCUACGUCGCUCUUGACUUUGAGCAAGAAAUUCAAACCGCCAGCCAGUCUUCGAGCUUGGAAAAAUCCUACGAACUUCCUGAUGGACAGGUCAUCACCAUCGGUAACGAGCGUUUCCGUGCCCCAGAAGCUCUUUUCCAACCAUCUGUAUUGGGUCUUGAAUCUGGUGGUAUUCACGUUACAACUUUCAACUCCAUCAUGAAGUGCGAUGUUGAUGUCCGUAAAGAUUUGUACGGUAACAUUGUCAUGUCUGGUGGAACCACCAUGUACCCAGGUAUCUCCGAUCGUAUGCAAAAGGAAAUCACCGCUCUUGCACCAUCCUCCAUGAAGGUCAAGAUUAUCGCGCCACCAGAGCGAAAAUACUCCGUCUGGAUCGGUGGUUCUAUUCUUGCAUCUCUUUCAACCUUCCAGCAGAUGUGGAUCUCCAAGCAAGAGUACGACGAGUCUGGACCAUCCAUCGUUCACCGCAAGUGCUUCUAA